CAGGGUUAGAGGCAGAGAAUCCCAGUGGAAAGAGGGGAACCGGCCAGGCAGAGACAGCAAGGGCGGUUCGUUGCUCCAGAGCCUUUCCGUUCACCUUCCCACUCCUGGGCCAGACUACACUCAAUCAUAUGACCCACUGAAGAGAUGAGUCUUCAGUAAAGACUUAAAGGUUGAGACUGAGUUUGGGUCUCUGACAUGGGUAGGCAGACCGUUCCAUAAAAAUGGAGCUCUAUAGGAGAAAGCCCUGCCUCCAGAUGUUUGCUUCGAAAUUCUAGGGACAAUUAGGAGGCCUGCGUCUUGUGACCGUAGCGUACGUGUAGGUAUGUACGGCAGGACCAAAUCAGAGAGGUAGGUAGGAGCAAGCCCAUGUAAUGCUUUGUAGGUUAGCAGUAAAACCUUGAAAUCAGCCCUUGCUUUGACAGGAAGCCAGUGUAGAGAGGCUAGCACUGGAGUAAUAUGAUCAAACUUUUUGGUUCUAGUCAGGAUUCUAGCAGCCGUAUUUAGCACUAACUGAGUACACACCGUUGCAUGAGAUCUUCAGUUUCUUGGCAAUUUCUCGCAUGGAAUAGCCUUCCUACAAGAAUAGACUGACGAGUUUCAGAAGAAAGUUCUUUGUUUCUGACCAUUUUGAGCCUGUAAUCGAACCCACAAUUGCUGAUGCUCCAGAUACUCAACUAGCCUAAAGAAGGGCAGAUAUAUUGCUUCUUUAAUCAGCAAAACAGCUUUCAGCUGUGCUAACAUAAUUGCAAAAGGGUUUUCUAAUGAUCAAUUAGCCUUUUAAAAUGAUAAACUUGAAUUAGCUAACACAACGUGCCAUUGGAACACAGGAGUGAUGGUUGCUGAUAAUGGGCCUCUGUACACCUAUGUAGAUAUUCCAUUUAAAAAAAUCUGCCUUUUCUUGCUACAAUAGUCAUUUACAACAUGAACAAAGUCUACACUGUAUUUCUGAUCAAUUUGAUGUUAUUUUAAUGGACCAAAAAUGUGCUUUUCUUUCAAAAACAAGGACAUUUCUAAGUGACCCCAAACUUUUGAAUGGUAGUGUAUAUAUACCCUAGAAAACUGAUGCUAUGUGUUCGCCAAUGAGAUGCUUGGAAGCCACUGGUCGGCCAUAUUGGCACUCCCUAGUAGGAGCAGUCCUCCAUAGAAAUUAAUGGAAUUCUACAGUAUUUUCAAUUAAAAGUUUCAAGGACGAAAUGACAUGUAUUUAAGUAUUGUUUUGUUGUAGUGAGGACAGUAACAUUAGUACAAAAAAUAAAUACUUUAAGGAAAAUAUUUUAGCUCACAUAAUAUACAUUAAAAGUAUGCAUAAAGGUGUCUGUAAUGGAAUAAAUGGGUAAAAAAAAACAAAUAAAGACAUUAAUAAAUGCAUUUCUAUAGCUUCCAAAAUAUUUUACAAUUGAGGAGGAGUGCCAAGAUUGCUGCCUGUGGCUUCAAUACAGCACCCCUGUCCGUCAUCCAGGGUUUGCACUCAUCCACGUCUUAACAAACACCCACCAUGAAGCCCAUUAGAUUUGCCUGACAUCAGACAAACUAAGGGAAGAGAAAACCCCCACCAACUUAGGUUAGGGAGUAAAAGUAACUUGCAACAAACCAAAAAAUGGAUACACAAGAAAAAAGGCUUUAACAACAUAGAAAGGAAGAGCUAAACAGCUGUGUAGCCGUGCUGAAGCUCUUACUUCCCCUUACUUACACUUACUUCCCCUUCGUAUAUUGAUGACGUCUAUGAGUGUGCAAUGUGUCUGUUUGCUUUUCUUUUUAGAUAUGUGAUGAUAGACCACCACCACAAUCUUUAAAUCUAUGUUAAGACCAGCUUGUAAAGCAACAUCAUACCAAGUGGUUAAUGGACCACACACGCCAUUCCGUAUUCUCAGUAACUCAAAGAACCAACUUGUGCAAUCCAAGUUCUGUUUCUAGUCGACAUGACAGGAUCAUGCUGAAUCAUCCUCGAUGAUCUAUUAAAUCACAUUGGUUGUGAUCAUUCAUCCACAAUUAAAGUGCUGAUGUAGCCAUCCUUUUGAUGUAGCCAUCCUUUUGAGCUUCUAUUUGAGGUUGGUGAUGUGGGAAUGUCCAGCACAGUCGGAUGCUGAUGGGAGAAUGGCUCAUAAUAAUGGCUGGAAUGGAGUAAAUGGAAUGGCAUCAAACACAUCAUCAUCCUUGCGCAUCAACUUCAAAUCGAAGAAGAGGGUAUUAGCCAAUCUAAGAAGUGAAGUCUGGUUCGUAAAAACAAGACAAAUCCAACACCACACAGAACAGAGAAAGAAACGGUUACGGAAGGCAGAGCAAGAGCAACAUGGCUGGGGCCCAUCACACUCUCAUUCCACUGCUGAUCCUAAAGCUUAUCAAUGCAGGUAAGAGGACACCUACUGUAGGAUAAAAGAUCAGCCAUGCUCAUUAACCAUUCAUGCUGUGUGUAGGUUUGCUAACAGGUGGUUAGAGAUCAAUCUACAUAGUAUUUACCACUUAUAAUGGAUCCUUGAUGAAGUUAUUUGAGUAAGGAUUUUACUGUGUUACAUGGAUACAUUUAGUUUUUCUCUUUAGGUGUGCAUGGAAAAGAAUUAUCUCAAUACGUCAAUGAGAGAGAGGGCUGAUGUCAGUCUGCUGUGUGACAAUGUGGUUCAUUCAGACUGCUCCUUAAUUAUGUGGCUUCACAGCAGAGAGAGUUUUCAAAAUGCUAUUCAAGAGGUUUUUAACGGGAAGGUGAGAGUUAACUCAAAGAGAGCUAAAAAACUGAGUGUGGACGCUGACUGUUCUCUACAUAUUCACAAUGUCACAGCUGAGGAUGCUGGACGCUACACAUGUCGAAUUUUAAAACCCCAAAAUCCCUUUUCAGACACUGAUACCUGUCUGUUAGAAACCAUGGUAAAAUUGAAUGUUUUCUUGUCUCUUGCAGUCUCCUUGUCCACACUACUGACAUAUCUAAAGCCUGAUAGACCAGUAACAAUAAGGUGCUCUCUGCACACCAAUGAAGGACGUGGAAAGUGUAGGAUAGUACUCAAUAGUCAAGUUCAUCUGAGCUGGAUGGAUGAGACUGGUAGGAAGCUGCAGGGAGACCCCAGAUACCAGCUCACAGGGCCUCGCUGUGACAUCACUCUGAAUGUGACAUUCCAGAAGAAGGACAACAACAGGAAGUGGACGUGCACGCUGACUGACAAGGGAAACAUGAAGAUCUCCAUUGACUUCACCUCCACAUUCUCAGAUAUUAAAGACACGGAUGAUGACGGUGGAGAGGAAAACGACGGUCUUAAACAGUCGCUGCUGAUCUGGGUGCCAAUGGGGGUGGUGGUGUGUGUGGCUGUGUGUGUGUGUGUGUGACCGCAGUCACCUUCAGAAGGAGGGCGUAUUAUGUUUCAAGAAAUCAGAUGCCAGUCAACCCAGGAAAUAUGGUGCAAGCAAACAACAAGAAUGUGUGCUCCUCUGCUGCGUCUUCCCCCCAUGCACUGCCUGCAGGUGGCCUACACAGCAUGGCCGAUGUCAACAACGUCUCGCUUGCCGGGACACCCGUGUUCCUGCUGGCUGGCCUGUGCCUCUGCAUCCUGUUGCAGGGCGCCGACCCUGACUCAGCUGAUCAUGACAUGAGGGGUUCUGGGAGAUCAAAGGCCAAAUCUGAAAGGACACCCUAUUCCCUAUGUAGUGCACUACUUUAGUGUUAUGAGGUAGAGUUUGGUGGAGUGGUACAAGUAUGCCAUUUUGGAUUCAACUAGGGUUAUAUUCCUAAAAUUGAACUGUUGAAAUUUGGGAAUGUAAAUGACCUGAAUGUCUGAAUUAGACAUCUAGUCUCUAGAUACCUAUGUUGAAUAGAAUAAAGUAACUUAGACUUUGCUGUGUGAAUUCUUCUUAAUGUCAUUCAUCACAUGACAGGUCGCAUUGACAGGCUGCACUGACAGGCUGCACUGACAGGCUGCACUGACAGGCUGCACUGACAGGCUGCACUGACAGGCCUUACUGACAGGGUGCACUGACAGGCCGUACUGACAGGUCGCACUGACAGGUCGCACUGACAGGUCGCACUGACAGGUCGCACUGACAGGUCGCACUGACAGGCCGUACUGACAGGCCUUACUGACAGGGUGCACUGACAGGCCGUACUGACAGGCUGCACUGACAGGCCUUACUGACAGGGUGCACUGACAGGCUGCACUGACAGGUCGCACUGACAGGCUGCACUGACAGGCCGUACUGACAGACUGCACUGACAGGUCGCACUGCGUUGAUGGAAGCAGCCAGGGCUGGGGCUGUGCAGCUGAUCAGAGCCAUCCUACUGAGGGGGGGGGGCGACUUCACUGCCAUGGGGGGAUUCUUUGAGGUGGGUUAUACAGUAUUAUAAACCUGAAUGCUGAUUGGCUGAAAGCUGUGGUAUACCACGGGUAUGACAAUACAUUACUUCUUACUGUUCUAAUUAUGUUGGUAACCAGUUUAAAUAGUGUUAAGGGAUUUUUUUUAUCAAUAAUGACUAAUUAUGUAUACAUUUCAAUCAGGACUGACUAAUCAGAAUACUAUUAUGUUGCUGUAUAGAUGUAUGAAUUUUCUUUUAAUCCUAGUACUGAAUAUAAUGUGUGUAAAUAUAAUCAAGAAUUAGAACAAUGACUGUCUGUUCCUUGGUAGAAAUGAAUUAACUUAUCGCCAGACUGGCUAGAAUGCUUAUCUACACAGGCAGACCUUGGCUCGGGUCAUAAAUUAUCUAAAUUAGGAGAGACGAUGUGGGAAGGCUUGAGAUACUGCCUUUGUACCAGGGUGGAGAAGAAACGGGACAGUUCGAAAACUAAUGACGUCAUUUUCAGUUUAUAACCUGUGGUAAACUGUAUCAUGUUCAGUACUCUCGAGAAUAAACGCUGCUGAUAGAUUUUGA